GGUCAUCUGAGAAAACAUAGAUUUAUCCCAUCAUACUUUAUGGAAAUCCUUUAGCGCAUUAUCUAAUUCAAUCCAGCUUCCGAAUCUCUUAUUCAGCAUAAUACGUUGGAACGCGUCGCUUACGUUCACUGAAAUUUCACUUGAGCAUGAUGCACUAGAUACAACAUACAAUAGCUAUUAAAAAAAGGUUAUUCCUUGAAAAAAAUUAACUGAAGGAAGAACAACAAAUAUUUAGGACUUACCCUUCAGUUGACAUUUCGUCUUAACUCACAAAAACUAUGCGCAUCUAUAACCUUUUACGUUAUUUUAUCUUUCUUACGUUGUUUUCCGGACCUUAUCAACAAAUUAUAUAUAGCUGUUGACUUUCACUACAGCACUUAGGACCACAGAUCAAGUUUCGAAGGAACAACAGAGCUAAAGUGUGCACUACAAAACAGAAAAUACUCAGUUAAUGCUCUUAGCAGUUAUUUAGUGUUUAUUAUGCAUCAAAAGAUGACUUAUAUAUGGAAACAUUUAAUACUCAUAGGACCCAACACACACACGGCAAUUGAAAUACGGAAUGCCCGCUUCCAGUCAGCGCGUUCAAGGUCGUUGAAACGAAACGGCGGACAGAUUUGAAAGGGAUUACCGUUUAUACCUUGCCCUGCUUUUUCGCCUGUCCGGGGGGAAAUAAUACGGAUUUUUCCCUUAUUGUCUCUCUGUCUCUCAAAUGUCGCCGAAUUAUCUACUUUUUGCCUAAAUUUAGGACUGAGGUCCUAUUAUAGAAUUACUUGGAAGCAUGUCCACUAUGUUGUGACUUUUCUUCCGUUAGAACUGACUGCCGUACACUCGACACUGACAUAAUGGAGUAGUACCUUCAGAUUUUCGUAGUAAGGACAGAAGACCUACGACUUCUGUUAUUCCUUUUCUAGUAUGCUUCUAUAAGUGUCCAGUCUUCUCUUGAACGCGUCAAUUGAAGGAGCAGACACCACUGCCUAGGGUAACAGGUUCCAAGUAAUGAUGACUCGAUGUAAAAACCUGUAUGCCAUGGGUAUCUUGUUUGUUCUUGGCUUUUCUACUCGCCUGCUAUGUCCUCUGAGAUGUCUCGAUCUAGUGGGAAGGAGAAGAGAAAAUAAGUUAGGUCCAAGAUCAUUUCUCAGUAUUCUGUACAUCAAAAUUAGAUCUCCCCUUAGUCUACGAUAGGACAAACUAAAGAGGUCCAGUUUUUCGAGCCGAUCUUUGUAUGGUAAAACUUGGAGUUCUGUAAUUGCACGCGUAGCUGCCCUCUGUACUUUUCCCAGUAUAUUCAAGUCACCUUUUAAACAGGGGCUUGCAGCCUGAACGCAGUUCUCAAGCUUAGUCCUCACUAAGGUUUUGUAUACUGUCGUAGAAAACUUUACAUAUUUCAUAUAAGCCAGCAAAAGCGACAAGUAACAAAAUGCGCCUUACAUCACGGAUUACCACAGUGAAAACAAAAAUUCUCGCUCCAUCUUGCUUGGUUCUCUGGUACAAGGUUUACAGUUGUAGGAGUUGAGUUUAUUACCACUCAUUUUCUCAUUGUUUUUCACAUGAUGAUGUUUGUUUGGGAUACAGAUUUGGAUCAGGUUCCAAAUUAUGUUUAUAUUUCUGAAUUGUUAGGAUGUGUUACGUUUAGUUUCUUUGUUGUAUUAAUUGGAAGACCUGUCUGGUUUCCGACCAUGAUUUGUCAUCUUAAACUACUUGGUAUCAUUAGCAUGGGUAUUUCCGACAUUUUAAGAUGUUGGUAUUUUUUCAUUUAAAAUGUUCUUACGGUUCAUAUUAAUUAUUGUGACGUAAUGUUUUCACAUUAAUUCGUAAGUCAAGACGGUCUCUUGAAAUAUAUUUGUAUCCUUUCUGUUCCUAAUGUGAGCGUAUGCGGUAUAAUAUUUUGUCCACAUACAAAGCACGCUCGAAAAGCUGCAAAAACUUAAAUACUACAAAGUUUUACACCUGUAAAUGCGCUUUGAAACCACAGCCAUAUAUAAUGUGCUUGUCAGGGGCCCCAAAAUGCCCUGGUACAGCCGAGAGUGGGGAGAGUUAGCUCUCCCUCUCGAACUGCUUUCAAGUCAGUCAGUCAGUCAGUAACAACGCAGAACUUCGUACGUACGUACAUCAGUUCGAGUUGCCAUACCAUGCGUAUACAACCACUGUUAGGGAAAUCCUACUCACUGCCUCUUCGCGGCGUUGUUUACGAAAUCAAGAGGACUGAAAGCGAAUGUCCGGCGCUUUAGCCGGGUUAGUGGAUAUGGAGAGUCCACCUAGGGGAGUGGGAAAACCUUGAUUCCAAACCAAUGGUACACAUGGGCUCUAGUUUCCUGAGGGAACAAAUGGGGUGUGAACCAAUUAUUGCUCACCGGCUACCAUCGGACUGCAUCUUAUGACGUUGCUUCACUGCGUUAUGGACCAGAUCUUUAGGUCGAGGGCUCCGGGUGUGACCCCCUAAGAAAAUCAUCUGCUUCGGUCUGGGCACCCGGGCAGUAUUUCGGCCCACUCGCAACCCAAGUGACUUGUGUGGUGCAUAUGUAUUCGGUGCCCUCUUGUACCAAUAUUUGUGUUCAAAUAAAAUACAGCAGGGUGCUGACUAUAAAACCGUAGGGUAUUUUUAUCCCUAUGGGCUCGAUAGACUUUUUUUAUAAGAAGGAUAUACGUAUUCAGGUAAGUUACGUAGUUGAAUGCAGAUUUGGAUCGACAAUUUAUAUAGAGAAUGGUGUAUUAAUAACCUUAGUCGUGACUUCUCGUUGAUAAUACAGUAACUAUAUUUGUGCAUCUUUCCGUUCUGUUCGACUGCUGUGAAUCGCCCCAUAAAUUAUACCCGUUGCCUCGUGCUUACCAAGAGACUAUCCAGUUAGUAUAUUCAGUCAGUCUAAAGUUACUUAUCAAGUAGUGAAAAGGUUAUUUCAGCAAAUAAUUCCUUUAUGGUGGGCCUGUUUUUUAAGGUGCGUAAUCACAAAUGAUCCAGUUUUAACAAAGUUGUAUAUAUGGUUAUAAUGCUUCUAAUAAACUUGAGAGCUAGUUCUGUGGAGUGGUGGUUUUACUAUUCUUCCGUUCAAGGCUGUAACAUCAGAUUGAACUUUUUUCCAGUAAUUUACUCACAUAUGAGCUAUGCUUACUCUUCCAGCUCUUAUAAAGUUUCACUAGAUUGGCUAAGUUAGGAUUAAUAAACCAAUCGGAUCCUAACAUUUCGCUUCUAAAAGUGUUUCAAGUUGGGAAUUACAAGUUAUUGGUCUUUACAAGUGCCAGUUAGACUAGUGGAAAUUGUAGUUAGUCGUUUAAGAUUAUUUCCUCAUUGAUUACUCCAGUUAGUAGGAAAUAAGAUAAAAUCACUUUCGACCAAUAACAAAGAGAUCAGUCUAUAGUCUCUAAAGGUCGUAAGAUCCAGUUAUCACCUUUUAUUAAGCCUCGAGACACCAACACCCCUUAUCUUUAUCUUUAAUUCAAAAAACAACCUUUGAAUUGGGUUAAUAUGUUUUAUGGUUGUAUCGGUUUCUGAGAACUGUCUAGGUAUGCUAAUAGUGACAUUUUGAGAAGUGUGACCUGUCAUCAAAGUUUUUCCCUUCGGAUGGUGUUAGCGAGUAGUGUCCAUUAAAGUACCCAUAUCCAGCCUUGUCCUGGAUACAGGUAAAAAUUAUAGUCAUCUUCGCCUUUACAAUUUUCCUGUAGUUUCUUUGUACUGAAAGUGCGAAUUUUUAUCUACAUUUUUUCAGAAGUUUCUGAAAUGUCUAGCCGGUUAUUGACAGGUGGAGAAUGCCCCCAGGGUGUUUUGGAUGUUGUUGAAGGUGCUAUUGGUUAUCUUGCCUUAUCAGUUGGAUAUACAUCUAUUGAGUACGCAGCGUUGAGAGUACUUUCAAAUCUUUUCUUUUCUUUUACAGAAGACUUAGCUGUUUCCUCACUAAUGAAUGCUGAAAGCAGUGGGAGAACUUCAAUUCUUUUGAGUGAUAUUGUACUUGGGUUAAUAGAUUUGGGAUUUGAUGUCUCAGGUCUUAAUGAAAUCCCCCGUAAACGCAUGUACAGAGGAUGUAAAGAACCUACUAGCAUCGGAAGUUCUCCGAAGAAAGGUGUGGUAUGUGCUGCAGUUUUGGGCCCAGGAGGAACAACCAUUAUUCCUCGACCCUUGUCAUUGCGUCCUAAUUGGUCGGGAAAUCCACGUUUUGGUGGGAUGGGAUCCACAUCCUUGUUAAAUACGGGUGUAGCUCAAGGUAUUUCAGAUCAUCUGUCAUACUGUUUGCCACCUCCCGCUCCUGCACAUUUACAACUUCCUAUAUUACCGGAACCUCACACUUUCCUAAAUACACGUGUUAAACGAGCACCGAUUGCUUCUGAUCCGUCUUCAUUACGCCGUCGUGUAGUUGAACAACGUCGUAAAGUUCAAGAGUCCUUAAUUCGGUUUUUGGGUCGUGUUCAGCCUGUUCAAUACCUAUUUCCGGGUGAUGCUGAAUCGUUCAUGUUGAUCACUCCAAAAGAAUCACCUCGUCCAUAUCUGUCAGCACUACUUGCUAGUGUAACCAACGUCUGUGAUAUGAAAAUGUCAAUGACCGACAACAAAGAUGACCAAAAUCUUGUAAAGUCUAAGUCAAACGUUUUUGUAAACAGUAAUUCUAAUCAAUCUCCUGAAACAAAAAAUCCAUUUUUAUUAAAACCAAAAUUUCCUGAAUACUAACUAAUACUGCGAUUAGAUAUACACUUUGUACAUAUUCCUUUAAUAUUUUUAGAUAAACCUCCAUAAUAAAUUCUUUAUAAUUUUC